UGGCUCUGUCACCAAAUAUAAUUAGCUUAAGCUGCCUUGCAACCAUCGCUAUUUAUCUGCAGCACAGAGUCUAUUGCUGUGGCCAGUAAGGUAUGAGUCUCGGGAAUACUGAAAGCUUCUCUUCUUAAAAACUAAUGGGUGACAGUGUUGUGUACAAAUUACGGUGUUUCGGAGAGGCUGUCCAUAAAGGAAUCUCAAAUUAGAGUACCGAUAUUGCAGAGCUUUUAACUGCGUUUUCAAUAGAAGCAUUCCAAGCGCAUAAAUCAUCGCUGUUUUAUAAGAUCUGAUAUCUCUGCAGCUCAGCUUCGCUCUGGUACAAAGUUUCUUGCGCGUGCUGUGCAACUUAUCCACGAUUAGAGGGCACCUGAGGAAUUUGUGUGGCGGGGCAAGGUGGGACGGUUCUGCCUCGUGAGCACACAGCGUGCGCGCUCUCUCCACACCACUGACACCUCAAUUAAUACUGCUGCUACACGAGACGGACAUGCAUUACGGAACGCGCACGAGCAACGAAGAAAAGCUCCGAAUAUGCACGCCGAUAACCAUCAAAUGACACCACCCACGUGCGUCCCUGGCUGGAAAAUGAGGUGGGGAAGCAUCAUUUUAUUCGUCGCUGUCUGCUCUUUUACCGCAUAUUAUAUUUACGAGCCAAUUCCUGAUGAGAUAGAGGAAAGAUGGAAACUCAUACUGACCAACUCUUUCUUCAGAACUCUCAGUCACCUGGCAGACCUCAGUGAAUUACUGGGGCUGAAGGACUACAUGGGGGUAAUGUAUGCCAUUACUCUGAUAGAAAGGAUUGCACCUGUGUCUGAUGAGCAUGUCAAGGUGACAGAAGAAAAUUUUGAUGGCGUAGAGGUGGUACUGUACCAGCCAAAGCACCAGAGUGAUGACAAUGAGCUCAGGAGAGCUGUCAUAUACCUGCAUGGUGGAGGAUGGUGUCUGGGGAGUUCCCGAAUGAGUCCAUAUGAUCUCUUGGCCAGAAAGAUCGUCACUGAACUAGAUGCAGUAAUAAUUUCUGUAGAGUACCGCCUUGCCCCUGCUCACCACUUCCCUGUCCCAUAUGAGGACGUGUACCGUGUGGUCAAACACUUCCUCCAGAAGGGGGUGCUGGCCCAGUACUCUGUGGACCCAAACCGUGUUGCUGUGUCAGGGGAUAGUGCUGGUGGGAACCUUGCAGCUGCAGUUUCCCAGCAGUUGCAAAAGGAGCCUGGACAAAAGGUUAAGCUAAAGGCUCAAGCACUCAUCUACCCAGUGCUGCAGGCUCUGGACCUUAACACACCUUCCUAUCAGCAGAAUCAGGACAUGCCCAUUCUACCACGCACUCUCAUGGUGCGAUUCUGGAGUGAGUACUUCACUAGUGACAAAGCUCUCUUCAGAGCCAUGAUGGCCAACACUCACAACAGCCCUGAGUCUUCCAGCCUACUAAAGUUUGUCAAUUGGAGCGCCUUUCUGCCAGAAACAUAUCACAGAAAGUACAACUACAGUGCUCCUGCUGUGUCACAGGGAGUCAGGGGGGAGGCAGCUGGGAUGGAUGAACCAUCUCGAUCUUUUGCUGACCCAAGGGCAUCACCCUUGCUGGUUCCAGAUACGGACUUAAGAUCUCUACCCAAGGCCUACAUUCUGACAUGUGAGUACGAUGUUCUCAGAGAUGAUGGGAUCAUGUAUGCUACACGGCUCCGUGCUGCUGGUGUUGAGGUGACGCACGAACACUACGAUACAGGAUUUCAUGGAGCAGUGAUGUUCACCGUGUGGCCAACAGACUUCCUGAUUGCACGUCGUAUGACAGACAACUAUGUCAAAUGGCUGAAGGAAAAUUUGUAAAAAAAAAAAAAAACAAAACAAAACCAAAACAAAAAAAACUCUACAACAAGUAGUUUAUUCCAGUUUUUCCACACAAUGCACUAGUGUUUGGCUGUUUUUGCCAUGUGGUGUUUAAAGUUUUUGUGGUGUAUUUCUUUGGUUAUGCUAUUUAUGUGAAACAAUGUUGAACACACUUUUACCAGGCAGAUUGAGUACAAGACAAUACAAACACGAUAAUCAUAGCUAGCAAUCAAGCACAAAGCUAAUUGUAAAAAUCUAGCUGCAGUCUAUCAGAAAAGCUGUAUAGACAGGGCUUUUUAAGCUGGGUAGCUUGCCCCGUAUGGCGCUCCUUGUUAUCAUUUCCCACCACAGGGCCUGCUAUUUGAUAUAAUGUUCAUUGUAUCAAUAUUGGUACUAGUAGUUGGUAAUGCAUACCAAAGGAUGCUGAACUAUCCCUUUAGGGAUUUAAAGAAUUCAUUAUAGGUCUUUGCAGAGCAGGAAAGGAUUUUCGCAACAUCCUUUUUUGCCAAAGUUAACAUUUGUCACUGAGAGCAGCUCAUUCUGAAACCUAAGAUUGUUUGGAUGUGUUGGAAACCAUAACUCACUUGUGGUUUCUGAACCAAUGUCAAAAAUGGGCAACUGGUAAUGUGUUAAAAACAACAACAUAGCUUUUCUCAUGGAAAGAAAUCAUCUUUGUUUUAACCCGAUGGUGUCAUGGUGUCUGAGAGGCUCAGAAAGAAUGGUGUCUGCAUCACCUAAACAAUCUCACCAUGUCUGGAUCAAAAUGGGAUCUCCUUGUUUUUUUUUUUUUUUUUUUUUUGUUUUUUAUGUAUGCACUCUGUAUGCUAUUUGCUUUAUAGUGGAAAAUAUGUGAAAUUUGACAGUCCACAUCUACCUUAAAUACUGGUAACAAGCUCACGUUAGUCAUCAUGCAAACACAGUCAUGUGAUGAAGCUUAGCUAAGUGUGUUGUAGCAUGUUAACAAAGAGAGAAAUAGUUUUUAGGGAUAUUGGUUUAAAAAACAUUUGGAGCCUUAAACUUUACAGAAUCACAAGUCUUAGAAUUCCUAAAAUAUUAUGAAUGAGCAUGGGUGAGUGGUGUACUCCCUGUUUUCUUUGUUGUAGUAUAAUUUAAUUGUAGCUUACAUUUGAGUGUUAACAGCUAUACAUGUGAUGACCCAAAAGAUGCUUUGAUACGGGAACAAGAGUAACCAUUAUUAACUAAUAAGUUUCACCCUUUUAUGUAAUCAUUAAUAGGUCCAGUGAAGUCGUGCUCUUGAGACAUUGAUGUACCAUAGACAAUGACACAAAAGCUAAUGGUUUUAGAGGGAGUUGCCAGUAAAAGACCAAGUGCCAGUUUAAUGACAAAAUGUGUAGCAUUGAACAGAGCUUAGACCGAAGAGUAUGUGGCUGGUAAUUUUACUAUAUGGUUAUCUGUAGGUUGUAUAUUUAUGAGUAGUCAGCCUAUUUUUUUCUCCCUAAACAAAAAGGUCAUGUGAGAUGGCUUUAAACUAUUCGGAUGUCACAACUCUUUUUCUGUUUAAUUUCUCUGUGAGUGAACUCCCUCAGUGACUUUGCACAUUGGCCAGGAAAGCUAGGAGAAAAAAUAAAUCUUUCAGACUUACUGAAAAUGGUUGCAGUUGUUAAGCAGCUGAAUGUAUCAGCUUUACUGUAGGUAAACUAAGUUGAAUGUCAUUUAGAGUGCUACUUAUUUACUAGUUUCUCAUUUUUUCAAUAUAAUGGUAUUGCAUUAAGCAUGUAACUUUUCACACAAGCUUUACAGAGAAACUUGGCUCUUUUGCUUAAACACUUUAACAUUCUUCAUUGUAAAUAUGUCUUUCUACUUUUGUCUUUGUUUCUCUACUGGAAGGCGUAUUUGCAUCAUUUUUCAUUUUAAUGUUAUAAGACAAUAAAAUGACUUGAUCUUU